AUGCCCAGCUUUAAAAGGGUUCACGGCCGAACUCUGGCCACCGCUGCUCCCGUUCUCUGCUCCGGACCUGCAGCCUCAUCUACCAUGAAAAUAGCUUCAUCGUCAGCUUCGUGGGCAACUUACCUGUGGCGACUUAUUUUUACGAUACUGGCUCCUUCAACGGCGCUGCUUCCUUUUGGUGUAUGGGUUGCUUCAGUCUGGGGCUCUCCUGUGCUGGAACUACAUGUUCAACCUCACUUCUCCAUUCAACAAAAAGCACCGAUACAGACGGGCAUUCCUUCCGAAAUUUUUACCACCUCCGAAUUCAACUGUUUCAACUCAAAUCUGCCAAAUAUCACCAUCUAUGCUACUGGAGGAACCAUCGCCGGCUCUGCAAGCUCAGCUGGCCAAACCACGGGAUACCGAUCAGCUGCAUUGGGAGUUGAGUCUCUCAUUGAUGCGGUGCCGCAGCUUUGCAAUGUUGCCAACGUGAGAGGCGUUCAGUUCGCCAACACAGACAGCAUAGACAUGAGUUCGGCCAUGUUGAAGGAUUUGGCGAGGCAGAUUCAGAAUGACCUCGAUAAUCCUUUUACUCAGGGCGCUGUUGUAACGCACGGAACGGACACUCUAGACGAAUCUGCCUUCUUUCUGGAUCUGACUAUUCAGAGCGAAAAGCCCGUGGUUGUGACAGGUUCUAUGCGUCCAGCAACUGCCAUCAGCGCUGAUGGACCUAUGAAUCUUCUUACAUCGGUGACAUUAGCAGCAGCAGCAAAUGCCCGAGGCAGAGGAGUCAUGAUCGCCAUCAACGACCGUAUUGGAUCUGCUCGUUUCAUGACAAAAGUCAACGCCAACCACCUCGACGCUUUCCAGGCCCCUGAUAGCGGUUUACUGGGCACAUUCGUCAACGUCCAGCCAAUCUUCUUUUACCCGCCAUCACGACCUCUAGGCCACCACCAUUUCGAUCUGCAGCCCAUCAACGGCCGUCGGCCCGGACGCUCAACAGCCCCUGGAGCGCUACCUCAGGUGGAUGUGCUCUACGCUUACCAGGAGCUCAGCGUGGGAAUGUUUCAAGCAGCAAUCGACCUCGGAGCUCAGGGCAUCGUUCUUGCGGGACUGGGUGCUGGAUUCUGGACUUCUAAAGGCACCGAAGAGAUCCGACGUAUAGUCCGGGAGACCGAUAUUCCCGUGAUAGUGAGCCGGCGACCGGAGGGCGGUUUCGUCGGACCUUGUGAAGCAGGUAUCGGAGCGGGUUUCUUGAACCCGCAAAAAGCGAGGAUUCAACUCCAACUGGCUCUCGAAGCCAAGAUGGAUAAUGAUGCCAUCAGGGCCCUCUUUGAGCAUUCCGGAGUGCACUAA